GAGGGAAGCUUAUCCAAAAGGGGGUCGAGGCUGUUAGGACAUGCCUCUUAUCGUGGUGCUAGUGUGAAUUCCAAGGGAUUCAUUUUUCUGGGUUUCUGGUGUCGAACAAUGAUGCCAGAGUCAACUGAUGAUUCAGACAAAGCCAAUAUUAAUCACGUGAUUCAAGUAAAGGAAGACAGCGAGUAUGUGAGGCUUGUUGUUAGAACUGAAAGAACAGAUGAAGUUGAAACUUUACAAUCACAGUCCAGAAGAGGGUCUAUUGUAUGGUGGAUCAAGGCCAUUUUGUGGUGUAUUUUCACUGUGAUAAUAGUACUAGUUUCCAUAAAAUGGGGAGCACCCUUUCUUUUUAAGAAGAUUUUAAUUCCAAUCCUACAUUGGGAAGCCACUGCAUUUGGCCGUCCAGUGCUUGCUCUUGUACUUGUAGCUUCUUUGGCACUAUUUCCGGUAUUCCUAAUUCCUUCUGGACCAUCAAUGUGGCUCGCUGGAAUGAUCUUUGGAUAUGGUCUUGGAUUUGUUAUUAUAAUGGCUGGAACAACAGUUGGGAUGAUCCUUCCAUAUUUCGUUGGCUUGCUUUUCCGAGAUAGAAUUCAUCAAUGGUUGAAGAGAUGGCCUCAGAAGGCAGCCAUGAUUAGGUUGGUGGGAGAAGGGAGUUGGUUCCAUCAAUUUCGUAUGGUUGCAGUAUUUAGGAUUUCGCCAUUUCCGUACACAAUCUUCAAUUAUGCGGUGGUAGUGACAAAGAUGAGGUUCUGGCCUUAUUUUUGCGGAUCUAUUGCAGGAAUGAUUCCCGAAUCCUUCAUUUACAUCUACACUGGUCGCCUAAUGAGGACAUUUGCAGAUGUUCAAUAUGGGAACCAUCACCUGACUACAGUUGAGAUUGUCUAUAAUGUUAUAUCAUUCAUUAUAGCAGUCGUUGCAAUAGUGGGUGUCACAGUCUACGCCAAGAGGACACUGAGUCAGCUUGAACGUGAAGAAGAAAACAACGGUGAAGGCUCUACCUCUAACCGUGGGAGGUUAGAAAUGGAGGCUCUUCCAAUGCAAAACUUCAAGCCGCCUAGUUUUUGCUCAACUUUGUAGUAAGAGGAAUGUUAAACCUUGGACUUCGUUGAGACUACUGUAAAUAAUUCGAGCUAGAGAUGGGAAUGUUUUAUAUAUCCCUUCAUAUUUGUAACUAGAAAAUCGAAAGAUGCUUGUCGGGAAAAAAAAAAAGAGUGUUGUGUAACUAAAGCUGAUGCCUGACUAAUUAAUCUUGGAAAAUGAAAACAACAUUUGAUUGUUGAUCA